GAAAAACACUUGUGAACUUUUGCCUCAGGAGAAAAGUAAAACUGUGAUACAUGCAAGAAGAAAUCUGUGUUAUCUGCACUGUUAGACGAAGCCAAUGGACCAAAUUAAUAACAACAUUGAAGAUCCGAAACUGACUCCAGAUCCAGGAGGACGAGAGCCAGAUGAUUUCCCAGCAGAGAAAUUGUUUGGUCGACAGCUGAGUGAACCAGGACGUUUUGCCUAUGCUGGAUUAUGUGGCGUGUCUCUGGGUCAGCUGUUUCAAGAACCUGAGCAAAAAUGUUUCCGUGAGAAGUAUCUGGAGAGUCUUAUACGAUGGCUGAAUCUGGAUGAGUCUGUCAUGCCGCGAAUGCAGUCCUUUUUGGCAGGGCAUGGGUUUGAAGGUACUGGCACCUUCCUGUCUAUGAUAAACGCGGAGCCGCUGCUCAGAGGCGGAGCCUUUCCUAUCACUCAGGAUCUUGUGUCAUUCUCUGUCAAAGAUGGACAUUACGAUGCGAGAGCUCGGGUUCUGAUCCGACACGUCAGGUGUCUCCUGCGCGUCUCCCAGCAGCAGCUGGAAGAUUUUGAAGAGACACUUGGAGAGAAAUUGAGAGAGGCAGAUGAGGAGAGCGAAGAAGAAUCAUCUAGAAGGCGAAAGAAGGAGAGGGGUCGUAAAUUGCGACGCUAUCUGCUUAUUGGUCUAGCCACUGUGGGUGGAGGAACCGUGAUUGGUGUGACAGGGGGGUUGGCGGCACCUAUGGUGGCAGUUGGGGCCGGGGCCGUGCUGGGUGCCGGUGGAGCGGCUGCAUUAGGAUCAGCUGCGGGCAUUGCCAUCAUGGCUUCUCUGUUUGGAGCCGCUGGAGCUGGAUUAACAGGUUAUAAAAUGAACAAGCGUGUUGGUGCUAUAGAAGAGUUUGAGUUUCUGCCAUUGAGUUCAGGGAAGCAUCUUCAUGUCACUAUAGCUGUGACCGGAUGGCUCUGCACUGGAAAAUACAGCUCAUUCCAGACUCCGUGGUCCAGACUGGGAGCGUGUGGCGAGCAAUACUGUCUGAAAUGGGAAUCCCGCUACUUAUUAGACCUGGGCUGUAUUCUGGACUCAUUAUGGGAUGGACUCGUCCGUGUCGUAGCUAAGGAAGCCCUCAAACACACUUUGCUCUCAGGCAUUUUGACGGCUCUAACAUGGCCUGCCUCUCUGCUGGCUGUAGCCAGUGUGAUCGACAACCCGUGGGGAGUUUGCCUGAGUCGCUCGGCAGCUGUGGGGAAACAUCUCGCCCAGGUUUUGCGGAGCAGACAGCAGGGAAAGCGACCCGUCAGUCUGAUUGGGUUUAGUCUCGGAGCACGUGUCAUCUACUUCUGCCUGGAGGAGCUCGCUAAAGAUCAAGGUUGUGAAGGUGUGGUGGAAGAUGUGGUGCUGCUGGGAGCUCCUGUGGAUGGUUCAGAGAAAGUUUGGCGGCGGCUGUCCAAGGUCGUGGCUGGAAAGAUUGUCAAUGGAUAUUGCAGAGGGGAUUGGCUACUUGGAUAUCUGUACAGAAGUUCAUCUGUCCAGAUGUGUGUCGCAGGCAUCAAGCCUAUCAAUUCAAAAGGCCGGAAAAUAAUUAACGUGGAUCUGUCAUCAGUGGUGAAAGGACAUCUGGACUACAUGCGUCAGAUGGAAACAAUCCUCGUGGCAGUGGGUGUUCCCACUAGAGAAGAAGCAGGCGGCCAAUCACAGCUGGAUAUUUUAACUCAGGAAAAGUCAGGCACACCAGGGUCUGUCCCAGAUGAAGUCAAAGAGGAGCCGACUAUUGACACUUCAAACACAGACUCAUCAGAGAGCAGUUAUAGUGAAAGCAUAAACCACACUGGAGAAAAGGGAAGGGGCAAGAACUCAACUCAACUCAACUCAAUUCAACUCAACUCAACUCAACUCAACUCAACUUUAUUUAUAUUGCGCUUUUUACAAUUUUCAUUGUUACAAAGCAGCUGUACAUGAGACACAUUGAAUACAAGUAUGAAUUCUAAAGCAGCCCCCCCGGCCAGGCAGAUAGUGCAAAACAAUAUUCAAACGGUGGUGAGGAACCCAAAACUCCCAUCGAGAAAAAAAACCUCAGGGGUACCCAGGCCCAACCAGGGGAUUCCAGUUCCCCUCUGGCAAAAGCUGCUGCCUCUGCACAAGCUCAACAGUGCUUGCACAACAAGGCUUAAUAAAAAUAUAAAAAUUAAGGAUUUAAGAUUAUCAUUAACAAUCUAAUAGCAUUUGAAAUGUUGUAGGAAAAACAAAGUUGUCGCGUCCUUAAUCCAGCUCUAUCCUCUCAGCUCUUGUCAGGUCACCGCUUCCCAUUCUCAGCUCUGCCAUCAGGUCUGGGCAUGAACUGCAUCCUGCGGUAACCUUGGAACAAAGAGACAAGACUGGCUGAGAGUAGAGUACUGUUCUGCACUCUUUGAUGCAACAAGUACAUCAUUUGUUGUUGGAUGUGUUCCUGGUUCCGGUUGAUCUAAAUAAUGCAAGAAGACCGGCUCUGAGAGUGGUUGGGAUAUUCCUGAUAUAUUGAAGAAGAUAUUUUUGGCUAAAAUAUAGAAGAAUAAUGUAUAAAAUUGUUUACUAUUAUAAAAUCAUUUGAAGAGUUUCUUAUCUGGGGGCCGAAUGCUAGUUGACACAAAGGACCCUAUGUAGGCUGGGGGUGGAAAAUACAUCUGUUUUACAUUGUAUUGGGGGGCUCAGAGGACAUGUGUGUGUGUGUUAAGCACACACACUAAGAAUUGCUGGGUUAAAAAAUAACCCAACCUUAACCCAGCUGCUGGGUAACUAUGGGACAGAACACGCGCUGGGUUAUUUUGACCCUAGUGCUGGGUUGAACCAUUUCACCCAAAAUGCUGGGUUGAUUGUUUGACCCAACUAGUGGGUCAGGUUAACUCUGUUUCUGGGUUAAACAUAACCUAAACAUUGGGUUAUAUGUUGUCUCAUUGCCUUGCUACUUUUAUAUUUACCAAUAAAAAUAAUCAAUAAUACCAAUAAU